AGAAAGUGACUUUGGAGUUUCUCUCUCUCUCCUACCGUUUGGGAUUUAAUUUGCAUCAUCUCUGAUUCUAUUUAAAAAGAAAGCAGCAAGUCAAACCCACACACAACAUGUUGUUGCGCAGAAGGACUUCCACUCCCUGGCUGUGCUAUUAAUGUUAGCAAUCAGGAAAAGCCUUUGGGGGCUGCAGAUUCUCUAGUCUGAUGCUGCUGCCGCUGCCAGUGCUGCGAAGGGUUUUGGUGCAGGGAAUCCAAACUGCUGCCUUUUCCAUCGGCUGAGCUCUUCACAUCUGCAUGUCUCUGCUGCUCUUACACACUCCAUCUUCCACCCUCUCUCCAUGGACUAACUGCUGUUAAGGAAAGCCGAGCCCAACCAAGUGAUCGCUUUUGAGAGGAACACAGAUUGCAUUAUUUAUCAUAUUCUGGUGGAUCUGUUCAGAGGAUAAUCUUUUUUUUUUCUGGGGGGGUGGGGAAGAAAAACAUGACGUCGCCAGCUAAAUUCAAAAAGGAUAAGGAGAUCAUAGCUGAAUAUGACACUCAAGUCAAAGAGAUUCGAGCCCAGCUUAUUGAGCAACUGAAGUGUCUCGAUCAGCAAUGUGAGCUUAGAGUGCAGCUGCUCCAGGAUCUACAAGAUUUCUUCCGCAAGAAGGCAGAGAUUGAGAUGGAUUAUUCCAGGAAUUUAGAGAAGCUGGCUGAACGGUUUCUGGCAAAAACAAGGAGCACCAAAGACCAGCAGUUCAAAAAAGACCAGAAUGUUCUUUCACCAGUCAAUUGCUGGAAUCUUCUCUUAAACCAGGUGAAGCGAGAGAGCAGGGACCAUACCACCUUGAGUGACAUCUAUCUGAAUAAUAUCAUCCCUCGGUUUGUCCAAGUCAGUGAAGACUCUGGACGACUUUUCAAGAAGAGCAAAGAAGUUGGGCAGCAGCUCCAGGAAGACUUGAUGAAGGUCCUGAAUGAACUCUACACGGUGAUGAAGACCUACCAUAUGUACAAUGCAGACAGCAUCAGUGCCCAGAGCAAGCUGAAGGAGGCAGAGAAGCAAGAAGAGAAGCAGAUUGGGAAGUCUGUGAAGCAAGAGGACAAGCAAACACCACGCUCCCCUGAUUCAGCCUCCAGUGUCAAGUUUGAAGAAAAACAUGUCCGACGCAGUUCUGUCAAGAAGAUUGAGAAAAUGAAAGAGAAGCGCCAGGCAAAAUACACAGAAAAUAAACUGAAGGCUAUUAAGGCAAGAAAUGAGUAUCUGCUGGCUCUGGAGGCCACCAAUGCAUCUGUCUUCAAGUAUUAUAUCCAUGACCUGUCUGAUCUCAUUGAUCAGUGCUGUGACCUAGGAUACCAUGCCAGCCUUGGUAGGGCACUCAGGACAUUCUUGUCAGCAGAGCUGAACCUAGAACAGUCAAAGCAUGAAGGCCUAGAUGCCAUUGAGAAUGCUGUGGAGAACUUGGAUGCCAACAGUGACAAGCAGCGCCUCAUGGAGAUGUGCAACAAUGUCUUCUGCCCUCCCAUGAAGUUUGAGUUUCAACCUCACAUGGGUGAUAUGGUGUCCCAGCUGUGUGCCCAGCAGCCAGUGCAGAGUGAGUUGGUACAGAGAUGCCAGCAGCUGCAAUCUAGAUUAUCCACACUGAAGAUUGAAAACGAAGAGGUUAAGAAAACAAUGGAAGCAACACUGCAGACUAUCCAGGAUAUAGUCACCAUUGAGGAUUUUGAUGUCUCAGACUGCUUCCAGUAUAGCAACUCUAUGGAGUCAGUAAAAUCAACAGUCUCUGAAACCUUUAUGAGCAAGCCCAGCAUUGCCAAGAGACGGGCCAAUCAGCAGGAGACAGAACAGUUCUAUUUUACGAAGUUGAAGGAGUAUUUGGAAGGGAGAAACCUCAUCACCAAGCUUCAAGCCAAACAUGACCUUCUUCAGAAGACUCUGGGAGAAAGUCAAAGGACUGACUGCUCUCUUGCCAGCAGACGCAGUUCUACCAUAAGGAAGCAGGAUUCCAGUCAAGCCAUUCCCCUGGUAGUAGAAAGCUGCAUACGAUUCAUUAGCAGACAUGGACUUCAGCAUGAAGGGAUAUUCAGGGUGUCAGGAUCUCAGGUUGAGGUGAAUGAUAUCAAAAAUGCGUUUGAGAGAGGGGAGGAUCCACUGGCAGGAGACCAAAAUGAUCAUGACAUGGAUUCAAUAGCAGGAGUUCUGAAACUCUAUUUUCGAGGGCUGGAGCAUCCUCUCUUCCCCAAGGAAAUCUUCCAUGACCUGAUUGCCUGUGUCACAAUGGAUAAUCUGCAAGAGAGAGCUCUGCACAUCCGAAAAGUCCUUCUGACUUUGCCUAAAACCACUUUGAUUGUAAUGAGAUACCUCUUUGCAUUCCUCAAUCAUUUAUCACAGUUCAGUGAAGAGAACAUGAUGGAUCCUUACAACUUAGCCAUCUGCUUUGGGCCCACACUGAUGUCAGUGCCUGAAGGCCAUGAUCAAGUCUCUUGCCAAGCUCACGUCAAUGAGCUGAUCAAAGCUAUAAUCAUCCAGCAUGAAAAUGUCUUCCCAGGACCAAGGGAGCUGGAAGGCCCUGUGUACACCCGGGGCGGGAGCACCGAGGAUUACUGCGAAAGCCCUCAUGGGGAGACUGCCUCCACAGAAGAUGUCGUUCAGGAUAUGGCCACUGAACACCACACAAGCGAUGAUGAAUGUGAACCCAUUGAAGCAAUAGCCAGAUUCGAUUACAGUGGCCGAACAGCACGUGAGCUGUCCUUUAAGAAGGGAGCGUCUCUCUUGCUUUAUCAUCGGGCCUCUGACGACUGGUGGGAGGGCCGUCAUAAUGGAAUUGAUGGUCUGAUACCCCAUCAGUACAUCGUUGUUCAGGACACGGAGGAUGGCACGUCAGAAAGAUCAAGCCCCAAAUCUGAAGUGGAAGUAAAUUCUGAACCGCCUGAAGAAAAAGUGACAGCCAGAGCUGGUUCCAACUGCCCAAGUGGCAGCCAUGUUGCAGAUAUUUAUCUUGCAAAUAUCAAUAAGCAAAGAAAGAGACCUGAGUCUGGCAGCAUACGAAGAGCUUUCCGUCAGAGUGAUAGUCACGGACUGCCUAGCUCACUGGGAGAGCCGGGCCCACCAGGAGCCAUGGCGACUUCUCGGCCUUCCUCGCAACCCAUCAUGAGCCAAAGUCUUCCAAAGGAGGUGCCAGACACAUGCUCUAUCAGUGGCCAUGGCAGCCUCAACUCCCUCAGCCGACAUGCUUCGCUGAAGAACAGGAUAGACAGCCCCCACAUCCGGAAAAAUGUGACUGCAGGAAGGUCAAAGAGCUUUAACAAUCACCGACCCAUGGACCCUGAAGUCAUUGCACAGGAUAUUGAAGCUACUAUGAACUCUGCUCUGAAUGAACUGCGGGAGCUGGAGAGGCAAAGCAAUGUGAAACACGCACCCGAUGUAGUCCUCGACACCCUGGAGCCCCUGAAAACCUCCCCAGUUGUGGCACCCACGUCAGAGCCUUCCAGCCCUUUGCAUACUCAGAUCCUCAAGGACUCUGAACCAGCUUUCCAGCGAAGUGCCAGUACAGCGAGCGAUAUUCCCUGCGCCUUCAGGCCAGCAAAAUCGGUCAAAAUAGCUGCCCAGGUCAAACCUCCAGCAACCAGACCAAAGCCGGCGGUUUUCCCCAAAACAACCACCUCAAGCCCUGCAGUUUCCUCAGCAUCUCAACAGUCUACUGACAAGUCCUGUACUGUCUGAACUUGAAGUCCUACUGUGAAUAUAUCUCGUUUGUUUGUUUGUUUGUUUUCAGAUGAGGGGAU